GUCUUCAUUUAUACAUUUCUAGGAUGAUUCUCUUCUUCUUCUUCUCCUAGUGAUGCUACUGCAGUAAGUAGUUGAUCUUCUAAAUCUCUUUUCAAGUUCUCCUCAUCUUAAGUCUUUUUGUCUGAAGCUAAAAAGCAAAAACAAACACUUCUUCUAAUAAAAUUCUCAAAGUUGGAGUAUCCGACUGUAUCUGCUUGAGCAUCGGCAAAGGGUUUAAGGGCAGUGUUGAAUUUUCUGAUCCACGUUUUACAUUGACCAGUCCUAUGUCUGAUCAGAGGGAGGUGCGUGCUUGGACGGUUCUCUAGACUUAUCGGGCGAUAUCACCUCAUUGGACAUUCUCUCUUUGAAGUGGACGAGGUUUAGGGGCUGGAAUUUCUCUAAAUUGGUGUCAUUGAAAUCAACUGGUUAGUGCGUCUCUCUAUGAUGUUUGAAGAAUAGUCAGAAGAUUGCAUAAAUUGUUAGUUCUUAUUAGAUGAGUUCUCAGCUAAGGUCCGAGACUAGUUUCUCAACAAAAGAUUACCAAUGUUACUCAGGCUCUCAGGUGACUGGAUUAAGUCAUUUAAUGGGUUAUUCUUCACUGCAAGCUGCUUCCCAGAAACAUGGGGGUUUUGUUGGAUCACAGAAUACUUACGAUCAAGAGUUGCAGUCUAAUUAUUUCCCGCAGAGUAUGCGAACUCUAGAUGAACGCCGUUUCACCGACGAAACCAGCCAUGAAAUGCACUAUCCUGCUCAGACUUCUAGCGAACAGUACUGCACCUUAGAGUCAUCUUCUGCAACUGGUGGUUAUACGGUUUAUAAUACCCCAUCCACUGUGAGUUUUUCACCGAAUGGAAGCCCUAUGUCACAGCAAGAAUCUCAUACAUACCCACAGGAACCAAAUCAUUCUCCUUAUGAUGCUAAUGGAUCUCCUUUAAGUUUGUCCUGCAUAACUGACAAUGAGAAUGAUAUGUGGAGCAAAUUGAAAGAAUUAGAAACUGCUAUGUUGGGUCCAGAUACAGAUACUAUGGACAGUCCUGAUAGCGCAUUUCAAGGUGGAUUAAAUUCAGACCAAUCCGCAUUUGAUUGGAAUGAAAUGAUGGAAAUUAUGAACCCUAAACGAGACCUGAAAGAAGUUCUCAUUUCAUGUGCAAAAGCUGUAUCUGACGAUGAUCUUCCAAGGGCAAAUCAGUUGAUCGGUGAUUUAAGGAAUAUGGUAUCGGUCUCUGGAGAGCCAAUCCAACGACUGGGAGCUUACAUGUUAGAAGGGCUUGUGGCGAGGUUAUCCUCCACAGGGCAUGGUAUCUACAAAUCUCUGAAGUGCAAAGAACCGGCUAGUGCUGAACUUCUUUCUUACAUGCAUAUCCUAUAUGAGGCCUGCCCAUAUUUCAAAUUUGGAUACAUGUCGGCUAAUGGUGCAAUAGCAGAAGCUGUAAAAGAUGAAAACCACAUCCACAUUAUUGAUUUUCAAAUUGCUCAAGGCAGCCAGUGGAUUACUCUAAUGCAGGCUCUUGCAUCUCGACCUGGUGGUCCCCCUCACAUCCGAAUUACAGGUAUUGAUGAUUCAAAUUCUGCAUAUGCUCGUGGUGGAGGACUUCAGAUUGUGGGUCAGAGGUUAUCAAGGCUUGCCGAUUCUUGUAAAAUUCCUUUUGAGUUUCACGCAGCGCCUGUGUCUGGUGUCGAUAUUGAAUUCAGCAGUCUUGAGGUUCGACCUGGAGAGGCAAUUGCUGUGAAUUUUCCUUACGUGCUUCAUCACAUGCCUGAUGAAAGUGUUAGUACUGAAAACCAUCGUGAUAGGUUAAUAAGGCUGAUUAAAAGUUUGUCGCCCAAAGUAGUUACUUUGGUUGAGCAAGAAUCUAACACAAACACAGCUGCAUUUUUGCCGCGUUUCCUUGAGACGUUGAAUUAUUAUACAGCCAUGUUUGAGUCAAUAGAUGCGACUCUUUCAAGAGAUCACAAGGAGCGGAUUAAUGUUGAACAACACUGUUUAGCACGGGAUGUAGUCAACAUUAUAGCAUGCGAGGGGGCAGAAAGAGUUGAACGGCACGAGGUUCUUGGGAAGUGGAAAUCACGGUUUAGAAUGGCUGGGUUUACUCCAUAUCCUCUGAGUUCAGUGGUAAACUCUACAAUCAAGACUCUGCUGGACAGCUACUGUGAGAAGUAUAAACUUUACGAGGAUGAUGGAGCUCUUUAUCUUGGUUGGAUGGAUAGAGAUUUGGUUGUUUCAUGUGCGUGGAUAUGAAUUUAAAAAGAAACCCGAGCCUUCGAACAAGGUAUCAUAGUUAGAGAAUUUGACAAAGAAGCUAGGUUUUUCCGUAGACAGAAGUAUCAACACUUUUUCUUUAUAGUUACUGACACAGUGUAUUAGUGCUUCGACCGAGCAGAAGAAAUUGAAGUGAAGACAGAGUUAUAUUUUCAGCAACUCAGCAGUCCUACUAUUGUCAGAGUUGGAGUCGGGCACCUUUUUGUAAGAAGAAGGUUAUACUCGACUAUUUGGAAUACUGAGCAGUAAGCCUUAGCUGUGCUAUUAGCAUGUAUGUAUAAUUAUGUAUGUAAUAGUAGGGAUGAAAGUAGAACAGGCCUUUAGUAUAUAUUCUACUCUGAGACUGAUGUAUAUCGAUCGUGUUUAAACAAACUUUUAGGACACAACUGUCUGUUCUAAGAAAACAUUCACAGAAUCAGCAAAUGUUGUUGUGCGUCUGCAUCAAUAAUUUCAUCUGUUUUUGUGUCUUUUUUCUUUAA